AUGGUGCUGGGUCUUAACACAGUUUGUGAUGUCUACUUUGCCACGGCAAUUGAUGUGCUCUGCGACGCUUGGAGUCUGACGCCAGAUGUGGCUGGGGCGACCUGGAUGGCAGCUGGUGGAUCAGCACCCGAGUUCUUCACCUCCAUCGUGGGCGCUACAGUGGCACAGAAUGAUGUUGGCUUCGGCACCAUUGUUGGGUCGGCUGUGUUCAACGUUCUCUUUGUGAUCGGUCUGUGCGGAUAUGUGGCCCAGGGAAACAUCGAGCUGACUUGGUGGCCGCUGUUUCGGGACUGCACGUAUUACAUUUGCUCGCUGGCAGUGCUGGCAUCCUUCACGUACAACCAGACGAUUGCUCCUUGGGAGGCCGUCGUUCUGUUUUCUUUAUACGUGGGCUACGUGAGCUUCAUGUUCAUCAACAGACCUUUAAACAUUUGGGCGUACGAGAAGACAGGCACCCCUUUGAACAAGGAGCUGCGCCAGUACGUCGAAGAAAUGAAGAAGGAGAAGGCGAAGGCAGCGGCCAAGGUUGAGCCUGAACAGGUGGGCUUAGCAAAAACGGAUGCGCCUGAACCUGAUCCGGACCAUCCUGAGCCUGCGAAAGACAAUUACUUCAAGGAAGACAGGAUAGUGACCAAGGAGGAGCCACAGGAUGUAGAGAAAGCAGAGGCUACUGCCGAUGCGGAAGAGGGGGGCGAAGAGGAUGACGAUGACGAUGAUGACGAGCCAGAGGAUCUGAUGAUCAUGCCAGAAGGCAGGCAAGACCGGAUCCUGUGGGCCCUGGGCCUGCCCGUCUACGUCUGUCUCUACUACUCCCUGCCAAGACCCGCCAACCCCAAGCUCUUCAUGCUGACCUUUGCUGGGUCGUUGGUGUGGAUUGGCUUUUUUGCGUUCCUGUUGGUUUGGUGGACCGACACAGUAGCUGGGACUGCAAUGAUCCCAACGAUUGUCUCUAGCGUCACCUUCCUGGCUGCAGCAACGUCUAUCCCAGACGCUGUCAGUUCCAUGGCAGUUGCGCGGAAAGGACAAGCUGACAUGGCAGUUAGUUCUUCAAUCGGCUCCAACAUCUUUGACAUCUUAGUCGGAUUGCCGAUUCCUUGGCUGAUCAAGUGCAUGAUUGAAGCAAACAACCCAGAAUUCACUGGUGUCAGCAUCCAGUCGCCCUAUCUGAUGUUCUACACUUGCCUGCUGCUCGGGAUGGUCUUUGGAACUGUCGUCAGCAUCAAGAUCUGUGGCUGGAAGCUCAACAAAUUUCUGGGCGGCUGCAUGGCGGUCCUCUAUUUCGUCUUCAUCAUCACAACUGUGGUGGUGGAGCUGUCCAGACCGACUUGGCUAAUGACGAACCCACCGCUGAGCUGA